AUAGUGUAGCCACUAAUGGGUUACAAUACAAAUGAUUAAAGCUUAUAAACUAAGACUAUAACAUAAAACAAUGUAAAAAUCAAGGAUUAAUAACUAUCAUAACUAUCAUACCAUAAAUACCAGUAACUGUUGCUGAUGCAUGUGUUUAGCUGCUGAUUCACUUAUUUGUAUGUCAGAAUAAUAAUAAUAACUCUUCUUAUGGCACCUUUCAAUAACAGGUAACAAAGUGCUCCACAAAAUUUAGCUGACGACAGAUGUAAAUAAAUAAUUGAGAUUAAAAUAAGAAGCGGAUACAAUCCCCAAAUGUUUUUAGGGGAGAUUUAAAUGAAGAUAAAGAAAACAACUUUAUAACUUUAAUAACUGCAGCCACUGAGACUGGAUAUGACCUGGAUCUAAAAAUUAAUGUUGCACAACCUCAGAAGGUUUCCGUAAAUGAAGGUUGUGAAAGUGUUGCCGGUAAGAGUGAAACACUGCGGGGACGUUGGCUUUUUCAACAAACCAAAGUACCACUUUAAGUGCCAAAAUCAAUAACUGUUCACAUGUUGUGUCUUUAUUAACCAGCAGCCUGAAACAGAGAGUUUAUUUCAGCUUCUGAUUCCUGCAGCAACUACUGAAAACAGUCAUGGAGUUCCCUCGGCUGUCUGGCUCGAUGCUGUUGGCUUCAGUGAUCCUUCUUCUCUACUGGACGACCUCUUCAGCUCGGUCACAUGACCCCACCUCCUCUGACCUCUCACCCCCCUACAGGGUGAAGAGAGACCUGGAUUUUGAGACCAGAGAGAAAGUGGACGCGUCUUUGUCAGGAGCAAAAGACAUCCUCGAAUUAAUCAAUGAAAGGAUUGGAAACACUGACAUCAAGACGUUGUCAGGUGUGAUGAAGGGUCUGGAAAAGGUCGCCAGCUUGGCGCCCCUCAUCGGAGGUCUGGUCUCUCCUAUUGCCACUGUGAUCUUGGCCUUCAUCCCUCAGGUUGACCCGGUGUUUGACGAGGUGAAGCGAGGCUUUGCUGAAGUGAACAGGAAGCUGGACUCACUCUCCACCCAGAUCUCCGACCUGGCAACAGACGUGCAAUGGUUCAACUACGCCAGCGUCUACUCUCAAGACGAGGUCCGCAUCUUCAACGCCUGGAAUAAGUUCACUGAGCUUCGUGACAACAAUGCGUCGAUAACAAGUGAAGAUGAUAAACUCAGACUGGCCGAGAUAUUCACCAAAUACUAUGAGAACACAGCAACUGAGGCCAGUGUGGACAUCUACCGUUACCUGACGGUCGGCAACACGUCUCUCAGUGGAAACCUCAACAAGCUGCUGCAGAAGAAGUUUAAAUGUGAAAUCAGAGAGAUCGGCAAAUAUAACCUCCAUUUCAGUAUUUUGCUAUGGAAGGGGAUGUUGCUCAACCAGUUCUACUGGAAUCUGGUCGGUUCUAUUAUUAGACAAAGACGUCGAACACGCAAGAUGUUCAAGAACGUCUACACAAUUCAGAUAUCAGCACUGCAGGACUGCCUGGACAACUAUGAGAAGUACAUGAGGCACGACGUGGAGGAGAUCAGCAAAGCACUCAGUCCUGACGACCAGAAAGCCGUCGCUGAUCGGGUGAAAGAGACUCUGGAUAGCAAGUACUUCUGGUACAACUGGGUGGUGUUUGUGUACACUUUAGAUGAAGCUAACAACCACGAGUUUCAUAACAUGAUCAAGAUCCCUGCCGGUACGUUCAUUGUCGCUGUGAGUUAUACUCAGAAAGCUGAGGAGGUAAAUACAGCAGAAGUCAAAUCGGCGCUGGAGUCUUGCUUCAUGAGUGCAUACCUGACUAUGGACCCCAUACCAGCAUCUCAGUCGACACGCCAUGUGAAACUUUCAGACAGAAAAUCGCAGAGUGCAGCAGAGACGUGGCCGGUGCUCCUUUAAGAGACAUCGUUAAAGUGAUGCACACCAGUUAUAAUGAGAACUUUGUUAAAGUCCCAGAAGCCAUGCAGACUUUCAAAUGUACGGUGAAGGGAUACUAUUACAAGACGCACGUCCAUUACUCCCGAUCCGUCUCCGCCUGCAGGGACGUCUCGAUUCUGUGUGAGAACGGAGGAACGUGCAAGCAGCUGCUGGACACCAACGAACACCUGUGUGAGUGUCCUUAUGGUUACAGUGGAGACCGAUGUGAGGUGACGAUGGAACCCAAGGACGUCCUGGAGAUCGUUAAAAAACUCCAAUGUGCCAAACAUCAUCACCAUAACGGCCAAACUGAAACUGAUGGAGGACAAACUGGAGGCCAUUCUCCUCGCGCUCAACAACAGGUGUCCUCCUCAGUAACAACAUGUGUCCUCCUCAGUAACAACAUGUGUCCUCCUCAGUAACAACAGGUGUCCUCCUCAAUAACAACGGGUGUCCUCCUCAGUAACAACGGGUGUCCUCCUCAGUAACAACGGGUGUCCUCCUCAGUAACAACGGGUGUCCUCCUCAGUAACAACGGGUGUCC